AUGAGCCUUUGCAGUUUCAGAGUUAUUGUGAUAAAAGCUGCUAAAAGGAGUAAAAAAAAGUCAGAUUCAAGCGGUAUUCCAGCUAUCGAAUCCAUAAGUCACAUUCGGCCUCGAUGCAAGUGCGCUGCCUGUAAGUCAUUGGUGAAGCAUGCGGGACCUCAUGUUAAACUUGAAACAAUUUCCCCUGUCGCUAGUGAUACGGAUGGUGAUCCAUACGACAAUGGCUACCCUGUUCCACCUUUUUAUUCUUCCGACGACUCCGACGACCACGAUGAUGAUUUCUAUUUCCGCGAGGAUGACUACUAUUGGAGGAGGUUCACAAACAGAACUAGGCUCCAUUGA